GUGGCCGUGACGUCACGGUUGCCAUCUUGAUCCCAGCCUAACUCCGUCAGAGUCAGACGACAGCGGCCAACAUUUUCUAGCUGGGGAGAAAGAAAAAUACAAACAGGAAAGGACCAGGGCUAGAUCUGCUCACAUACUAUAUUUCCCAGAUCGCAGACGAGGGAGUUGACGAGCAGAUAGGUCUCCGUCUCUGCAGUGGUUGUGCCAAAUUGACGGGAAGGCUGGGUACGGAAGUACGGCCCGCCACGGUUCCCGUUUUCUGCCGGGCCCGCUGCCGCCUCUGCCCGACUAGCCCGAGUCCACCUCUCCUGGGCCAAAAGUAGUACAGCCUGCAACUGUAUCUGAUGCCACUGCCAGCUCCUGACAGCCUGCAGGACUGACAUAAGACUCCGCCAGCGGCUAUAGCCGGAUCUUCGCGGCUGGAACACCUGUCUCGCCAUGACCGCCACCAGAAGACACGUCUAGAUCACAGGAAGCACCGGAGCACACCUGGUGAAUCAGCGGGGUCAGAGGUCGCUGUUUGACAAACAAAGCCAUUACAUGCUUUCAGGGAUGAUAACAGUCCAUUAGCCCUGGUGAAUAUCGCCUGCCCCAGGAGGGAGGGCACAGCCCUGGCCAUUAUUAGCCUUGUCGUCCAUGGUAACUGUAACGCAUCCCUGCUCCAGGCCGUUUGUCUGAUUGGCGAGUUCUGAGGGGAAGAGUGACGGGUAUCACGCAGGGAGAGAGCGGAGGAUGGCCGCUGACCUCCUCCCGGUCGCUCCGGAGAAUCCCGCGAGGAUCGUAGCAGCUCGGCAGGGCUCUGCAUGGACGUGCGUGUGAGCCCUGGCGCCGAGCGAGCGACAUGUCCAAGACAACCGCCGUGGUGCAUCCCAGUCCGGCGCUUAUCGAGAAGCAGCACCUCAAGAUGGGAGGCAACCACUACAUCUCGUCCAAUCACGAGGCAGACCUCCCCGUCACCUCCCCCGACUUCCCGCGAAAGGAGCGCAAGCUGUCCCCCUACGAGAGGGUGACCUAUGACCUGAGCAAUGACGAGAAGAUUCAGAAGGAGGUCACCCUCGGGAAGAGGAUCGGCUUCUACAGAUUACGGGCGGAGAUUGGCAGUGGAAACUUCUCACAAGUCAAGAUGGGCAUACAUGCACUCACCAAAGAAAAAGUAGCAGUGAAGAUCCUGGAUAAAACCAAACUGGACCAGAAAACACAGAGGCUCCUGUCCAGAGAGAUAUCCAGCAUGGAGAAACUCCGACAUCCCAAUGUCAUCAGGUUAUACGAGGUGGUGGAGACCCUAACCAAGCUGCACCUAGUGAUGGAGUAUGCUCCAGGAGGGGAGCUCUUCACUAAGAUCUCUACAGAUGGGAAAUUGGUGGAGGAUGAUGCCAGGGCACUGUUUGCACAAGUCGUGUCAGCUGUUAAACACAUGCACGAACAGUGCAUCAUCCACCGGGACCUGAAGGCAGAGAACGUGUUUUACGCGACCCCCGCCAUGGUGAAAAUCGGAGACUUCGGCUUCAGCACGCACUGUCGCCUGGACGAGACCCUCAACACCUUCUGCGGUUCCCCUCCCUACGCGGCUCCUGAGCUGUUUAAGGAUGAGAGCUACCUUGGUGUGUAUGUGGACAUUUGGGCUCUGGGAGUCAUGCUGUAUUUCAUGGUAACAGGGCUGAUGCCCUUCAGGGCAGAGACAGUGGCCAAACUGAAGAAGUGUAUCCUGGAGGGGCACUAUUCCGUCCCAGGGUUCGUGUCGCCGAGCUGCCAGGCUCUGAUCAGGAACAUUCUGCAGCCCACUGCAGCGGACAGGCUGUCCAUACAGCAGAUCAUGGACUCGGAGUGGCUACGGGGACAGCACUUUCCGGAGCCCCACGACGACUAUCACCUGAACCCGGCGGACAUUUCGAAAGAGAACUUACGCCAUGAAGAACACGAAGCGCGCAUGCUGCUCCGCGAUCUGGGCAUCACGGACCAGCACUUAGAACAGAGCAGAGGAAAGGACUCCAGAAGUUGUAUAACAGGGACGUACAGGAUAGUCCUGCACAAGGUACAGAAGAAACACUCGCAGCAGGCCGUCACGAACCACAUGUUGAACGGGCCGCCACCCGUCUCAAGGAAACAGAGCAAGUCCUCUGCACCAAAGAAAAAGGAAACCAAGAAUUCAAAACUCUGCACCAUUUUAUGAUGAAAGUAUCGUCGUCUCUGUCGUUGAUAAAGCAAGACUUUAUAAGUGAGACUUCUCCGGAGUAGUGUAUAGUUAUAGAGGCCUUGUAAACUUACAAAGAGAUCAGGUCACUGCAGUAGGAAUUGCUUCUCAUCCAAUCAUUAUAGGUCUUAAAUUUGUGUGAAGGAUGUUCUAACUUCAAAUGUGUGUUAAGCAAUGGUCUUGAUAUGUUGUUGUUUACAUGUAUGUCUUUGUUGUCAUACGUUUUGUGUUGUCAUGACAAUGUCAAUGUGUUGGUUGACUGUUUGCAUGUGCGUAGACCCCUGGUCUACAACUCUGUAUAGAAAGAUGGGUGCAAUAGCACUGAACUGGAUCUUGUUUGGCCACAAGAGGUCAAAGAAAUUUUUACUUGUAUGUAGCCAAAUGCAGGGGAAUGUUGCCUUCCAUGAUUUAAGUGCUUGUUUGUUGUAGUUGAUUACUACACAAUUGGGCAUGGGUUUCAAUAGCCCAAAUAUGUGUGUUGAAAAUACAGGGAUUGUCCAGGCAUUGAAGGUAUUGAAAUUUUAAAAGAGUUUUGUAGCAGAGUUUUCAAAGAAUGCCUGAAUAGAGGAAGAGAGUGACAUUGUUAUUAAUUGCAGUAUUUGUCAAGCAUUAGAUAUUGGGACUUUGUAAGUAUCCGAAAUGGAUGGAAUAGGGAAAACAAAGUUACACCUUUGUCUUAGUGGAAGCAACAUUAUUUCUGCAUUUGCCCACAUGUCAGGCCUAAAAAGUUGUGGAAUUUGUAUCUUCAAAGCUUUUAUUAAGAAGAUUCAAAGAAGUUGAAAGGUAGAGUGACUAGAUAACAGACGGAUAGGGUGCAAUGUUGAGAGAUUUUACUACAAGGUUUCAGUCAGUACAAGGUUUCUAUCCCAAAGCUUGCUGAAUGGUUGGUCCUAUUAGAUGACUGUAAGGAAAAGUUUUGCUGUGACAGUAGUCUUUCUGAACCCUUUUAAAAUGUCUGCUACAAAUGAUCACAGUGAACUCAAGCAUUCCACCUUUCACCAUCAGUGUCUUACAUGUCUGCAAGGCCAUACCAGUAAAAUCCAUUCAGUGGUUUAAAAACAGUGCUAUAUUGUCCUAAAUACACACCUAAGAAGUUUCACAUUUUCAGGUGUAAGACUUACCGAAUCAGAUGCAGAAGAAUCUUUGAUUGGUAUGGCCUUGUACUGUAUACCAUUUUGUAGCAUCUACAUUUCAGUAAUGGUCGCAAAUUAUGCUCAUCAUAAAAAAGUGACAGGUGUUCACAACUUCUGAAGAAAGUAAGGGUAUUUCUGUAUCUAAUCAUGGCAAUAUUGAGUGCUGCUGCUGCUACAGAGGAUCAUUUUUUUGUCUGGCUACUGUAUUCAGCUUUUACAGACUUCUGCGCCAAUCUGCACUUAUGGGUUAGUAGUGUUUGUUUGUUUCUGAGCUAUGUUGGACUUCCGGAGCAUUUGCGCUGCAGGUUCCUUUCUUUGCACAACCAGUCAAGAGAGGAUGCACAGGCUUUGUUGUUCCAUAGACAGCUUGCUUGUUUAAACAAUCAAACGGAAUCCUUUUUUCUAUCAUAACAAUUGGUACUUGUCCGGACACCUGAAUGGGGUUUGUAAGACAUACAAGUAGAUCUUAAACUUAUGGUAACAAAUAUCUCCCUUGUUGGCACUUAGUCAUUGAAGGCUGCUGAGGUAUAUGUGUCUCUUUGAUUGGUCAUUCUUGGAGAAGCAUUAUGUUUUUGAACACAGAACAGUUACAUACAUGUACAUCUUACGGAGACAUGGUAUAGAUUUCAUCUUGAAACUAAAGGAACAUUGAAGUCUGGUUUACUUGGACAAGACACUGACCAAGAUUUGGAAGAGACCAACAAGAUUUUUGAAAGUUAAUUACUUGUCUAGGGCAGACAAGGAAAAAAAGUAAUUUGCGAUUGCUAAUAUGAUGGCAUGUCACAUACAGAAUGGGAUAUUAUAUAAAUGAUGAUGAUGAUUGUUUGAAACAAAAAACUUUUCUUGGGAGAUAGAAUUAACAAACUUGUCAUGGGUUUGCUUGCCCUUCAUCAGGUUCUCUUUCUGAUGGUUUAGAUGGAAAAUUGUUUUUGAAAGGGGCCAAUCACACUGUCCGUUUUAUCAUAACCAUUGGGUUCAGAAGACUCAGUUGACCAACCACAAAGCCUGUUAUAUUAUGGUAGAUACAUUUCCAUUUACACUGCCAGUAGUAUUUCAACAGCUUGUAGUAAUGUAUACAUCAAUGUGAUAUCACACUUUUCAAAGUGCUGUGCCUUUAACAAAUGUAUGAUGUAGUAUCCAAUCAGAGAGAUAAGAAGACUGUCAAAGUGCUAUUUUUGUAGAUGCAAACUAUAAGUGUGCUAAUGACCAUCAGAUGAAUAUUACUGUGUAAAUCUGUCUUGUAUAUCACUGUAAUAUAGACAGGUAGAUCAUGCUUCUCUAUUCUGUAAUUCAUGCAAAUUCUCAACACUCAUUCUCCACAAGAAGUUUACUAUAUAUUGGAAGUAGUAUUGUACAGUACUUAACAUAUAAAUUGUGACUGACUGGGGUAUUAAAGUUCAAGGAAACAGAGACUGCAAUUUUUAUGUAGGUCAAAUAUCACCACAUUUUGCAUCUCUGGUUUGACUCAACAGAGUCUGAUGGCUAAACACUGCAUAUUUUUGAAGUCCAAAAACAAAAACCUGAUGAAGAAUGUAGCUUGACUGAGAAAGGUAUAAUUUAUAAAGAAACUUCUUCUUCAAACAUAGAAACAAACUUCUCAAGUCUGCAUGCCAAAUCUUACAUUGAUUUUGUUAACAGUUGAUUUUGAGACUUUUUACAAAGUUGUGAUGUGUUAAAAAGUUCUGCUUUCAUGAAGUUAAUUUUUAGAAUCAAAUUUCAUUCUGCCUGUCCUGUUUUUAAACCAAUUUUUUCUGUGUUCUCAUUUGUCAUUCUUUGAACUUUGAUAUCCCAGUGUUGUUGGCAUUCCAUGUGUUCUUGUGCAAUAUACCAACGAAUCUAAUAGUAAAUUGGGAACAUGUAUAACUUGUUGAUAUCAAAAACAGGGUACAGAUUAACUUAACCACAGACUGGUGUAAUAUACAAUGUCAUAAUGUCAGUCCCAUUAAUGCUAAUGUGCUUAAUGCCAGUGUAGACUCUGUGUGCUAAAAAUCCUCAAUGCUCUUCAAAGAUAAGAUAACAAAACCUCUGCCUUUGCUUAUGAAUUCUCAGCAAUUGAUAUACAGAUACAUUUAUGUUGUCAUUUAGAGUUUUUUUUUUGCUUUGUAGAGAGUAUACACUGCUAUGUCACUUCUCAGCAAAAUAUGUCAGAAUGAUGUUGCCUAUAUCAUUCUAGUGGUAUAUUUAUAUCUCAUUGCCUUGGUAGCAAAAGCAGCAUAUUGUGUAGUCUGUUUUGUAUAGAAAUUGAAAUCAGAUGCACUGUAGUUUUAUCAGAAAAACUUCACAUCAUAGAUUGUACCUUUAUUAGUACUAAGUUGUUUCUGCAACACCAUCUAGCAGGUAAUAACAAAACUGCAGCAAUGGGAAGGAAAGAUAGCUACUGAUGUCCUGGAAUCAUGUAUGUGAUGCCACUGUUUUGUUUUUAAUUGCUUGAUACUAAUUCUACUUAUAGGGAACAAUGCUGAAGCCUAAUCCGUCCAUUCGUGUGUUAUUACAAGCAUUGCUUUCACCAAGUAUGUGUAAUAUGAUAUGCUCUACAUGCCAGCUAACUACGUGUGGCCAUCACAAAGAGGUGGCCAUCAGCUUGUUAAUAGUAGUAAGAAUACUUUCUACACUUUUAUGAAAAAAGAGAUGAUCAUGAUGAUUUCUGCAUUGUCAAUAUUGUAAAUACACCUGUCAGAGUCAAGACAUGGAAGAAGGUACGGAUUUAACGCUUGAUUUAAUUUAAGGAGAGAUGACAUUAUUGUUCAGCGAGCAGAUCUUUUGAUUUUAUGCAUGUGACCACGAACCAGUCGUGACAGGGUAAAUGAAAUGCCUUCUCGAUUCAAAUGAACUUUGGAAAGCUUGGGCCAUUUUGUACAGAGGUCCUCUUCUCAGAUACUACAUGGCUGCAUGGCUCAGGUUGUUGUGUAGUAAGACCUGUACCAUCACCCUGCCCACAUCUCUGGUUGAUAUGUGCAUUAACGUAAAAUUUGCUUAAGUGGACUUUUUCCACUUGAAAAUUAAAACAUAGAGCUACAGAUAGAUGCCAUUGCUCUGUGACACAAAGCUUCUGCGUAAAAAAUACACUAUGAUUGACAUGUCAAAUGGCAGCCUUGUAAGAAAUUAAUUGAUUCUCACUAAUUUUUGUUUCGACCAAUCAUUCCUGAUGUGGCAGCACUUCUUCGGGAUCCACCUGUGUCUUGAGGUAUAUCCUUUGUAGAUAUCGGAAUAAAAGUCAUCUAGAUUUGUCA